AUGACGGAUAACAAAGAAUGGCGAGCCAAACGCGCGGCGAUAAAAGAGAUACAAUUGAAAAUCGAAAGUAAGCAUACGGAAGAUGAUGAAGAUGAUGAAGUCUUUAAGCAACAGGUCGCCGAGGGUGAAGCGGAAAGGCAGGCUUUCGAAAUGAAUUAUUUCAAAGCAGCGGGCAGGGCUCAAGAGAUCAUCGAACAGGACCUGUUAGAGCAGCGACAACAGAAUCCGCCCGUACAACAGAAUCCGCCAGUACAAGAGACCGGGACGACUUCAAAAGUCGUUCCACAGGAACCAGCGCGGCAACGACCAAAAUUACCGGAAAUCAAACUCCCUGAAUUUAGUGGAGAAUUCACGCAAUGGAUGUUCUUCAAGGAUAGUUUCGAAACAACCAUUCAUCAAGAAAAACAAUUAACGGCGAUGCAAAAACAACAAUAUCUCGUGGGUGUGCUCAAAGGCGAGGCACUAAGCGUUAUUCAAGGUUACAAAAUCUCGAAUGAAAACUAUGAGCAUACAUGGAAGUUGUUAAAAGACACAUAUAAUAAUAAUAUAAUCAUAAUCGAAAGUCAUCUAGAAGAAUUAUUAAAUUUUCCAGCGAUCACAAAGGAAAAUAAAGCGGACUCGAUACGGCAGUUCGUGUGGCACAUCCGGACUCACAUGACGUCGCUCAAGGCACUCGGGUUACCAGUCGAUCAGUGGGAGACAGUCCUUAUGCAUCUCGCGAAAAAGAAGAUAGACUUCACUGAGCAGCGAGAUUGGCAAAACACCAUUAAGGAUCGUACGACGGAGGACCUGCCAAAAAUGGAGGAAUUCUUGAAAUUUCUUACAGAUAGAUGCAACACGCUGAGGGUUCUCAACCAAGCAAAGCCGAAGGCAUCGGGAGCGAAGCCGCCGGAAAAGAAGAAAGUGGAGAAGAAAACAGUUCUUACGUCUACUACACCAGAAUGCAAAUUCUGCAAGGGCUCUCACUCGAUUUACAAGUGCGAGGAGCUUCAAAAGCUAUCGCCCGACAACAGGAAGAAGGAGAUUAUGGUCAAGAAACUAUGCGUGAAUUGUCUCGGAGCGGGACACAUUGCGAGGGAUUGCAAAUCGAUUUCAUGCAAGAAAUGCGCUAAGCGUCAUAACACGUUGCUGCAUAGAGACACCGAAGGGCAGUCCGGCGAGAACAGCGAAAAAGAGGUACCGCCGGUCGUCACACACUGCGUGCAAGGAUCGACGAGCAGCUCCAAGCUUCCAACGAUGACUAAAGACGAAGGAAGUUUAGUGAGGAUUUAUUACACGCACAAGCCAAAGGGAAACGUUAUUCUUUUUACAGCGCGAGUGAACGCGUACGACAGUCAAGGACAUUUACACGAAUGCAGGGUUCUGUUGGAUCCCGGCUCUCAAUCUAACCUGAUAACGGAGAGUUUUGCGAAAGAACUCAAAUUGUCAACUCGAGCGGAAAAACGACCCAUCAGCGGUAUCAAUCAAACAAGGACGAACGCCACGAAGGUGACAAAAGUUCGAAUUAAAUCCAUUCACGAAGGAUUUUCAGCUGAUCUAGAAUGUUUGAUAUUGCCGGCAAUAACAGAGCAAUUGCCACAGAGUCGGAUCGACGUAACGAAGAUACGGAUGCCGAAAAAUCUACGCUUGGCUGAUCCAGUAUUUGACAAGCCAGACACCAUCGAUCUGCUCAUAGGAGCAGAACUGUAUUGGAAGAUUCUCGUUGGAACACCGAAGAAUCGUGAUCCAGGACACCCGGCGUUGCAGAAUACACGUUUAGGAUGGAUCGUAGGAGGGGAAAUACCUGGUCCGCGAGACAAUUCAUCAAUAACACAUUUAGCGAUCACUAACGACAUGCUGAACAGCCAACUUGAAAGAUUCUGGAGACAAGAAGAGAUUCCGGAAACCAUUCAAUACACGGAAGAAGAAACGUACUGCGAGAAACACUUUGAAGAGACAGUACAACGGGAUGUGGAUGAUCGAUUCGUCGUAAGGUUACCGCAACGAUCAGAGGUUCAUUUAGGGGAAUCAAAGGAACAAGCUCUCCGGCGAUUGCUGUCACUCGAACGAAGAUUCACAAAGGAUUCGAAGCUCAGAGAAGGUUAUGUCAACUUCAUGGAUGACUACUUGAAGAAAAAUCACAUGUCGCUAUCCCAGAAUAUAGAGACUCAAGAAGCGGAGUGCUGCGUACUUCCACAUCAGGCUGUGGUGCGACAGGAAAGUGUGACUACAAAACUACGCGUAGUUUUCGACGCAUCAGCGAAGACAACAGUCGGCACAUCAUUGAAUGAUAGGCUCAUGCCUGGACCGAAUCUACAGCGGGAGUUGGUGGACAUAAUUCUACGAUUCCGAACUCAUUCCUACGUCAUAACUGCUGACAUCGCCAUGAUGUACAGGCAAAUCCUCGUUAACGAAAAGGAUCGCGCAUUGCAGCGCAUACUGUGGAGGAGAGAUCUCAGCGAGCCGAUACAAUUAUACGAUUUGAAUACGGUGACGUACGGUACAUCGUGUGCGCCUUAUCUGGCGAUGCGUUGUCUUAGAGAGCUGGCAGCGGUUUCGCAAGACCUGCCACAAGCUGCGAGAGCUGUAAACGCAGAUUUCUAUAUGGACGAUGUCCUAACCGGAGCUCGAACCAGAGAAGAGGCUACCGAGCUACAACGACAACUUUCAGAGUUACUACUGCGAGGGCAAUUCCAGCUUCGGAAAUGGAGAUCAAACGAGGCGAGAAUCCUGCAAAAUCUCGCCGAGGGAAGUAAAACCGACGAAUUGCUGAUUCUAGAUAAAGCAGAAGCUGUGAAGACUCUAGGACUGCUCUGGAACGCUGCAGAAGACUGCUUGCAAUAUCAUGUGGAAAUCGAGAUAACAGAGACUACUACCAAGCAUAUAGUUCUUUCGAAAAUCUCAAAUAUUCGACCCCCUGGGAUUGAUAACACCACUCCUUAUAACUGGAAAAAUCAUUAUGCAAUGGCUAUGGUUGCUCGGGACGGAUUGGGAUGA